GGGCCAGCGCGGCCAGGGCAGCCGCCUGCCGCCGAGCCCCGAGCGCCGCUGCUCGCGGAAGCGCUUUCGGCCGGGAGCUGCGGCCGCCGCCACCAGUUUUCAUGUUUGGGAUUCAGGAGAAUAUUCCGCGCGGGGGGACGACCAUGAAGGAGGAGCCGCUGGGCAGCGGCAUGAACCCGGUGCGCUCGUGGAUGCACACGGCGGGGGUGGUGGACGCCAACACGGCCGCCCAGAGCGGCGUGGGGCUGGCGCGGGCGCACUUCGAGAAGCAGCCGCCUUCCAACCUCCGGAAAUCCAAUUUCUUCCACUUCGUGCUGGCGCUUUACGACAGGCAGGGGCAGCCGGUGGAGAUUGAAAGGACCGCUUUUGUGGACUUUGUGGAGAAAGAGAAAGAGCCCAACAACGAGAAAACCAACAACGGCAUCCACUAUAAACUCCAGUUGCUGUACAGCAACGGAGUCAGAACGGAGCAGGAUCUGUAUGUUCGCCUCAUAGAUUCAAUGACCAAACAGGCCAUCGUCUACGAGGGCCAGGACAAGAACCCGGAGAUGUGCCGCGUGCUGCUGACCCACGAGAUCAUGUGCAGCCGGUGCUGUGACAAGAAAAGCUGUGGCAAUAGAAACGAAACACCCUCAGACCCUGUGAUCAUUGACAGAUUCUUUCUAAAGUUUUUCCUCAAGUGCAAUCAGAACUGUUUGAAGAAUGCAGGCAACCCUCGGGACAUGCGAAGAUUCCAGGUUGUCGUGUCGACCACGGUCAACGUGGACGGCCACGUGCUGGCCGUGUCUGACAACAUGUUUGUCCACAACAACUCCAAACACGGGCGGCGGGCGCGCCGCCUGGACCCGUCAGAAGGUACGGCCCCUCCUUAUCUGGAAAAUGCCACUCCGUGCAUCAAGGCCAUCAGUCCCAGUGAAGGCUGGACCACGGGGGGAGCGACCGUGAUCAUCAUCGGAGACAACUUCUUUGAUGGGCUCCAAGUUGUGUUCGGGACUAUGUUGGUAUGGAGCGAGCUGAUCACUCCCCACGCCAUCCGAGUCCAGACCCCACCGAGGCACAUUCCUGGAGUCGUCGAAGUCACCCUGUCCUACAAAUCCAAGCAGUUCUGUAAAGGUGCUCCUGGGCGGUUUGUCUACACCGCCCUUAAUGAACCAACCAUAGAUUACGGCUUUCAGAGGUUGCAGAAAGUGAUCCCAAGACAUCCGGGUGAUCCCGAAAGGUUACCCAAGGAAGUGUUACUUAAGAGGGCGGCCGACCUCGUGGAAGCCUUAUACGGGAUGCCCCAUAACAACCAGGAGAUCAUCCUGAAGCGAGCGGCUGACAUCGCCGAGGCGUUGUACAGCGUCCCUCGCAAUCACAACCAGAUCCCCACCCUGGGCAACACCCCUGCGCACACGGGCAUGAUGGGUGUGAACUCCUUCAGCAGCCAGCUAGCCGUCAACGUGUCAGAGACGUCACAAGCCAACGACCAAGUCGGCUACAGUCGCAAUACAAGCAGCGUGUCCCCGCGAGGAUACGUCCCCAGCAGUACUCCCCAGCAGUCCAAUUACAACACAGUCAGCACUAGCAUGAAUGGAUAUGGAAGUGGCGCCAUGGCCAAUCUAGGGGUCCCGGGCUCGCCUGGAUUUCUUAAUGGCUCCUCCGCUAACUCUCCCUACGGCAUAGUACCGUCCAGCCCCACCAUGGCAGCCUCUUCGGUCACCCUCCCUUCAAACUGUAGCAGUACACACGGCAUUUUCUCAUUCUCACCUGCCAAUGUCAUCUCUGCAGUGAAACAAAAGAGCGCCUUCGCGCCCGUGGUCCGGCCCCAAGCCUCCCCUCCUCCUUCCUGCACCAGCGCCAACGGGAACGGACUGCAAGGCUCUCUGCUGGGUGCUGAGGACGCUACCGUGGAGAAGACAAACUGGCCCUUUUGUGAAGUCGGUGGCAUAUUUCACUUUGAUGAACUAAUGCUCAAAAAAGGAACUGGAAAGCUAUGUCUGGGCUGGUAGUCCCGCCAAUGUGAGGGGCGCUUGUUACCUCCCGCCGCGCCCAGCAUCCAAGGACGGACUUCAGGGGACACGUUAGUACAUAAGAGGUGCUGAUGGAGACCGUGUCUUCAGUACAUCAGCAGCGGUUGAAAUGCUACAAAAGACUUUGUUUAAAGAUUUUAUUUAAACUAUUAAGAAUCAACACACAGACGACGUACUUCAUGAACAAUUCCAUUUUAUUGACUGAACUUUUCUCAUAUUUUCACAUUUCUCAGUCCUGAAGAAUGAGGAGAACAAAGCGAUGCCUAUUUUGUAUAAAGUUUCUGACUCCGUCUUGGCUAUAUGUCUAGUACUUGCUAUGUGUUGGGAGAAACUUUGUGAAUGCACCAUUUUGAUGAUCAUGAAACACUGAUGAAAAACGCCUCCAAAACAUUUUUCUGUACUCAUACUUAGAUUCACAAUGGUUGUGUAUCUCUAUAAUGUGAAAUAUUUUUUUGUGGUGACAAAAGGGGGCCAAGGAGGUCUGAGCCAUCAAACUGGAAGAAAGGAAGACUAUAUGAUUAGGAGAAUUGGGGUGGCAGGGGGGGGAGGGAGGGUUUAUCGUUGCUUAACUUCAUCUUAAUGAAACGAAACUUUGUAACUUAUUGUAGUUAGAAAUUGUAACUUUGAUAUUGAAUUCUCUUGCCUUCAACAAGCACACUGACAGAGGAAAAAAAAAAUGCUACUGUCUGUUGGUUAAAAUAUUCUCCCACUGCUAGAGCUUCCUGUUAAGCAAGUGUGAUCUGCGACAUUUUUUUCAACUUUUGCUAGCACUGUAUACUAUUGCAUUCUUAGGCUACUGUGAGGUCCAUGUUUCUUGUACCAGAAAUUGUCCUUUUGACUUCUAGAUCCUUCUUCCCUGAUGUGUUUUGUAUGUGGUUAUAAAAUUGUAGACUUUUGUGAUUUUGCCAAAGUUGUAGCUAAAUAUUUAUACACUUGUCUUGAAUUUUUUUCAGAUCCACUUAAAUAUUUAGGAAAAAAAAACGAGUUUUAUUCCUUAUGCGUCUUAUAAGGAAUAAAAUGGUCUCCAUUCAACGCUUACUUUUCCAUGAACACUUGCUGUUGCUAAGGGACUUUAUUUUGUAACAUAUCAAUUAUAAAUAUUGUAUUUAUCUUUGAAAUUUUGUACAUUGCUUUUCCCACCAUUUUCAGUUCCUCUUUCUUGUCUGCGUUGGUUUUUGAUCAUGGCCUGGUGUUAUGACGCUGGGAAGAGCAUUAAAGCCAAGAACUGUUUGAUCUGUUUCGUUCAGCGAACCAACAUCCUUGCGUUUCAUUUGUACUUCCAAAAUUUGCUAUUGUUUGUUUAGACUUUCUUUUUUUUUUUAUUUUAGGAAAAGUCAAAUUCAUUGUUUAUUUUUAUAUUAUUUUUAAGUUAUCUGAACAAAUACUUUUGAAGAAAAAAAAAGUUCGUUGUAUAGUCACAACAAAACGGUGCCACCCGCUGUGACAAACCCUCGUAGAUUCCGUGCAUGUGGAGUGGCCACGAAGAGGCGACACCGUUUGGGGCUGUGUCCUCCUUUUAUUUUUUUUUGUAGAAUGUAAAAAGUCAUUUUAGCUGCCACCCAUGACUUUGCCACAUAGCUGAACUGUGUUUACUGGAAAAAUUCAGAGGCCUAAAGUUUAAAAUAAAAUUUACUUCUGAUGUUUUAAUUAAAACGUUUGCCACAUUAACUUCUCUGAUGCCUUAAAAGUGGACUUGUUUAAAGAACUUUUGUGCUAUUUGAUCACAGGCUUACCCCACAAUUGUUAAUCAGUAUUUCAUUUGGAGAUUCACGGUGUUAAAACACGCACACGCACAAGCCCGGAGACCCCUGUGUCACUCCUUUCUGCAUCUGGUUCUGCUGUGUCCUGUGUUCUCCCAAGCCCACCUCCGAUUCAGAGAGGUUUCAGGGGACCCACCAAUCACCCCUCGUUUAAAAUUCCUUUUUUAACAAUACGUUUUUUGUGGUCGGAACCCAGCAGCACUGUCUGUACUUUUUAAACUGCAAUGACCUCCUUCAGACACGGUACCUGCUAGUGCCAAACCCGCGGUGAGACCAAGAGGGUCG